CAAUGCUCUCUCACUCUCAAACUCCACUUCUAGUGAUCAUCGUCUCAGUGAAAAUGAAGGUAGAGAUGAGUGGAAAAUGUUUUCUCAUAUACUGUUUCUUAGUCUUAGUUCUUGUUUCUCAGCAAGCAGCAAGCUCAAUGACCAACAAUGCUGAUAUUCAGACAAAGAACACCUACUCUCCAGUCUUGUGUCACUCUGCCAGACGAUCACAAAAGAAGCCACCUUGUGAUCAGGACCCAUCUCCAAGCACUGGAGGAAGCUAUGGAAGCAAUACUCCACCACCAUCUCACCAUGGUGGCUACUAUAACUCUCCUCCAAGCUAUGGCAGUAGCCCUCCACCAUCUCCAGUGGAUCCUGGGACUAGAACUCCUUCAAUCCCUCUAGUCCCUCCAACUCCAACUACACCUCCAUCACCUUUCAUUCCAGAUCCAAACACUCCACCACUCAUCAUAGGCCCUGUCAUUUACUGGAGGACACACCCAGGAGCCAUUUGGGCUCUCUUCGGAUACUGGGGGACCAUUGGCCACUUCUUUGGGGUGGCAGCCACGUCAACGUUUGGUUCAAACCUAACUUUACAAGAAGCACUUGCAAACACACGUAGAGAUGGACUUGGUGCUCUUUGUAGAGAAGGCACUGCAGCUUUGCUUAACUCCAUGGUUAGCAAGAAGUAUGCUUAUUCUUCUCUGCAGGUGAGGGAUGCCUUCACUGCUGCUUUGGUGUCAAACAAUGCUGCUGCUACCCAGGCUGAGCUCUUUAAGCAAGCUAAUGAUGCCCACUUUGCUUGAGUGUUAAAUGUUGUAUUUGUGCUACUUUGUCAUGCUGUGUUUCUGAAUGUUUGAGUGUUUAAUGAGAUUUUAAUUAGUAGUCAUGUCAUCUUCAAUGAAAUUUAAUCAAGUUCAUGUC